AGCUUCACGGAGACGGAUUUGAUUUAAAAUGAGCGACGGGGUCGUGAACGUUAUUAUUACAGCGUUACACGCGUUUAUACGGAUGUUUACGCAAACAAACGUCUAGUUUUCUGUUAGGAAACAUGACAGUCUGUGAUUUCCUCUUUUAUUAAAGCUACACAACUAUGUAGACGUUUCCGAAUCGUGAUUUUCUACGAGAUUAUUUUAAAACAACGUAAAGCUGAACUUGUUCCUCUAACUUUUAUUUUACUCCGUUUUUUCAGUUUUGGGUGGCCUGGACGACACGGUGACGUCGGGAAGAGUUUGUUUUCACGCGUGUUUCUGGAUAAAUCGCGUUGUAAACAAGUAUAAAUCCGUGUUUUAUCCGUAUUUAAGUGCUUGGUGCAGUCAAAGCCGCCGGUGAGUCGCCCUCUUGUGGACGAGCGCGGUACAGCAGGCGACGCGCAGAUUAUUUCGGGAAAAUGACUGACACACCUGCCAGCAAUAGCUCAGCUUCAGGAGCAGAAUUUGACAUGAUGGCAGCUCUUGAUUGGAAGGAUGGCAUCGCUACUUUACCUGGCAGUAAUAUCAGGUUCCGUAUGACAGAAUUCGGGACACUUGAGAUUGUAACGGAUCCAGAGCCUAAAGACAAAGAAGAGGAAUCUUCAUGUCCACAGUCGGAGCCUGCAACCUCUAACGGCUCGUCAGAGCCACCCAAUCAUUCAAAGCAGUCAGAAGCAUCAACAAUACGUACAUAUGAUGGGGCAGCUCCAUCUGGACUGCAGACACAGUCAGGUAGCUCGGGCACAACAAGCAGCAGCAGAGAGGAUCGCUCCAAUGUGGAGAUGGUCAGCUGCAAGUCCUGUGGCCAGUCUGGUUCCCGGGAGUCUUUUCUCCAGGGUAAAUUCUGCAGUUCUGGCUGUGUACAGCCAAGCAGUGGAAGGUCAACUCCAGGUGAUACAGGAGAAGGUGAGCGUUUAGGUAAACGAAUUCGUAAGAAGAAGAAGAUGUUCAUGGAGUCUGAGGAUGAUGAGGAGGACAAUAUUGAGGAAGAGGAGGAGAAGUUUAGAGUCUCAAAAGGCAGAAAAGCAGCCAAACUUGCCAGAUUGGUAACAGCUGCUCCUGUGAAGAAGAAGGCUUGGAGCUGGCCUGCCUUCCUAGAGGAAGAGAAAUCUGUGGCUGCCCCGUUAAAAUUAUUUAAAGAGCACCAGGCUUUUCCGCAGAGCAGGAAUGCAUUUAAGGUUGGAAUGAAGCUGGAGGGCCUGGACCCCUGCCAUCCUGCUUUCUUCUGUGUGCUCACCGUGGCAGAGGUACAGGGUUACAGAAUAAGACUUCAUUUUGAUGGUUAUCCAGAGUGCUAUGACUUCUGGGUGAAUGCUGAUUCAUGGGAUGUGAAACCACCAGGCUGGUGUGAGAAGAUGGGCCUCAAGCUGCUGCUGCCCAAAGGUUGCAGAGAUGGAGAAUUUAAUUGGAGCACUUAUGUAAAGAAUUGUAGAGGCCAACUGGCACCAAAACAUUGCUUUAAAAGUCUUAAUACCUCAGUGACCCCCUCAGGCUUUCGUGCUGGGAUGAAGCUAGAGGCUGUCGACAGGAAAAACCCAUCGCUCAUCUGUGUAGCUACAAUUUCCGCUGUUGUGGAUAACCGUCUUCUCAUCCACUUUGAUAACUGGGAUGAUACAUAUGAUUACUGGUGUGAAGCCAGCAGCCCGUAUAUCCAUCCAGUUGGGUAUUGUGAGGAAACAGAGUUAACCCUCACCACACCUGCAGAGUACAAGCAACCAAACUGUUUCUCAUGGGAGAAAUACCUGGAAGAGACUGGAACCCAAGCAGCACCUGCUAGAGCCUUCAAACAGAGACCUCCACAUGGCUUUCAGCUGGGGAUGAAGUUGGAGGCAGUGGACAAACGCAACCCCAUGCUCAUCCGUGUUGCCACAAUAUCAGACACAGAGGACCACAGGGUCAAGAUUCAUUUUGAUGGUUGGAGCGAUGAAUACAAUUACUGGAUAGAUGCUGACAGCCCCGAUCUGCAUCCUGUCGGAUGGUGUCAAAAGACUGGUCAUCCUUUGCAGAACCCCAGUUGUUCUAGUGAUUCACAGGUCCCUCCAGGACAAGGCUGUCCUACUACAGGAUGCAAUGGUGUUGGACACAUCAAAGGACCUCGCUAUGGAACACAUUACACGGCUGUGAGCUGUCCUUACUCUGAGCUGAAUCUGAAUAAAGAGGGACUGCUGCCUGACAGGCUGAGUGGAGAGAGGCCGGUGACACUGAGUGGACCUUCACGGCACAGGCGCACAGAAUCGGUCACGCAGACUCCCUCAGGCACACCCACACCCACACCUACACCCACACCUACACCCACACCCACAGGCAGCAAUCCUGAAUCCAAUGAUAACAUGGACAACUCCUCACCAGCCAAGACUGCCACUGCAGCGAAGUGCCCUAAACCGAAUCAGGUGAAGAAUGAAGGAAAUGGAAAAGUAGACUCCCUGCAGCAGUUCUUGCAUGACUCUGUGUUCUGUGGCUGGGAGCCACCCAAAUUUCAGCAAUGCUGGGAGAAACAUGGAAAACUGUUACCCGAAGCACUGGGUCUCAGUGCAAAGACAGUGGCCAAGUGGAACACGGAAGAGGUUGCAAGUUUUGUGAGAAAGCUACCAGGCUGCAGGGAGCAUGCUGCCAUUUUCAGGAAUGAGCAAAUUGAUGGUGAAGCCUUCCUCCUUCUCACCCAGUCAGACAUUGUAAAGAUCCUAAGUAUCAAGCUGGGUCCUGCUCUGAAAAUCUAUAACUGCAUUCUUAUGCUGAGGAGUGUAGAUGAGGAAUAGUAUGCAUAUGCCCAGAACACCUGCCUUAGUGCUUCUGUACUAUUCAGCAACUUCAAGGCAAUCUUUUUUCCCUUUUUCUUCUUUAAAAAAAAAAAAAAAUUCUUUCCCAAAUACAUGACUCAUCUUUGCAGUGGUGAUAAGUCCACGUUGUAUGUAGUCACUGAGGUUGCCCUAUGAUGAGCAAGUACUUCAGAAAAUUGAACAGACUGGAAUUUUAUCUGCUUAAAAAAGCAGUUUUCUGUGAUUGUCUUGUUCUAGAACUGGGCAUCAGAAUGUACAGGUUGGGUCUAAAUAUAAAUGUCUUUGGAGGACUAUGCUGCUAAACAGGCACAAAAUUUAUUUUUCUUCUGUUUACUCAUGUAUUUUUCUUGUAUUAUCUGUAUUUAGUCCCAACUGAAGUCUGCUACUUUAUUCAAAAGUUAUUUGAUAAUUUGAUUCUUAUUAACUUAUUGUUAAUUGUUUUGUUUUUUGGUAUUUUAUUUUUAUUAACUUUUUGGACUCAAAAGUGCAUGGUUUUGAGGCACUGCAAUAUUAAUGCAUUAUUAUUUAUGAUUUUUAUGGCUAUUUGUAUAAAUAAUUGGUUUAUGAAAUGUGAACAAAUUACACAUUGGUGGACCUUUUACUUGAAAUGUACAAAGUAAUUUUUAAAUUGAUGCAAAAAACAGUUUUGUAUAUGAACCCACAUCACAUCCACAUAGUCAGGAUGGGUGUAUGUAAGACCCACUAGGAAAGGGAUAUGCUUGUGGGUGUGUGUGUGUGUUGACGUGGGUGUGUCUGUGUAAUCCAGAGAGAAAGAGACUAUGUACAGGUUUUACUUUGCAUCAGGGAUCUAUAUUAGUUCAGUCAGAUCUUAAAAUGAAUGUCUAAUUUGUUGCUGUGUAGUAGUGUCAGAAUUGUGCAUUGUGAAAUCCAUUUAAAAUGUUGUAAAUUGAUGUACAGUGAAACUGAAGUGGGUGUAUUUUGAUCUUUGAGGGUGUGUGUAUGUGAGCGAAAGAUAAACAUAAAGGCAGAUUCCAUUUGAAAUUAAGAUAAAAUGUCAGCCGUAAUUCUUGAGUCUUAACUGAUUAAAGAAAAUAAGCUCUAAGUUACAUCUUAACACCAGGCAGCCUGUCGGCUUCAUUUAUUUGUGUAAUUUUGUUAAUUUGCAUAAAAUAGGUCAUUGUAUUUUUUUUUUUAUUAUUAAUGUAUUACAAAUAUUUUUUACUCUAUCAA